AUGAAGGGCGCCGAAGGCAUCGAGAACCCCGCCUUCGUGCCCUCCAGCCCCGACACCCCGCGCCGCGCCGCCGCCUCCCCCUCGGCCGUCCAGGCGUCGCUCCCGCCCGCCCGAACCCCGGGCGUGGCGUCCCCGCCGCCCGAGCGGACCCCCUCGCCCUCGGAGCCGUCGCUCCCGCCGGCAGCACCUGCCGGGGACGCCCGGGAGCCCGCGCAGCCCGACUUCGAGGAGGGACCCUGCGGCUGGGGAAACCUGCAGCCGCAGGGGCUGCAGCGCUGCAACACGCCGCUGGGCUUCCUCGUCCACUACUGCCUGCUGGCCCUCACGCAAGGUAUUGUGGUAAAUGGCCUGGUAAAUAUCAGCAUCUCCACGAUUGAGAAGCGCUAUGAGCUGAAGAGUUCCCUCACGGGCCUGAUCUCCUCAAGCUAUGAUAUCUCCUUCUGUUUGCUGUCUUUAUUUGUCUCCUUCUUUGGUGAAAGAGGACACAAGCCCAGAUGGCUUUCGUUUGCAUCCUUUAUGAUAGGACUGGGAGCACUUGUAUUUUCACUGCCAAGAUUUUUCAGUGGCCCCUACCACAUAGGGUCCCUUUUUGAAGAUACUUGCUCGACGACAGGGAAUAGAACCAGCUGUAACUCUUCAAGUUCCUCACUUUCCAACUUCCUGUAUGUCUUCAUCCUGGGACAACUAUUUCUAGGGACAGGGGGGACUCCCCUCUACACCCUGGGGACGGCUUUUAUCGAUGAUUCUGUCCCCACACACAAGUCUUCCCUUUAUAUAGGAAUUGGCUACUCCAUGUCCAUUUUAGGCCCUGCUAUCGGCUACGUGGUGGGAGGGCAGCUGCUGACGCUCUACAUCGAUUUUGGCAUGGGGCAGAGUAUUGAUAUCACUGAGGAUGAUCCGAGAUGGCUGGGAGCGUGGUGGAUUGGAUUUCUUUUGGUGUGGCUUUUUGCAUGGUCUUUGAUAAUACCGUUUUCUUGCUUCCCAAAGCAUUUACCAGGAACUGCACAAAUUCAAGAAGGAAAAAUUUCCCAGACCCAUCAGAAUAAGAGUUCUUCUGUACAGACCUCAGAUGAAAAUUUUGGAAAAAGCUUUAAAGAUUUUCCAGCUGCUCUAAAGAAUUUGAUGAGGAAUACUGUCUUUAUGUGUUUAGUUCUAUCAACUUCUUCAGAAGCCUUAGUUACCACUGGAUUUGCUACAUUUUUACCUAAAUUUAUAGAAAACCAAUUUGGAUUGUCGUCCAGCUUUGCUGCUACCCUUGGAGGGGCUAUUUUAAUUCCUGGCGCUGCUCUUGGUCAGGUUCUAGGUGGUGUCCUUGUUUCAAAAUUCAGAAUGACUUGUAGAAACACAAUGAAAUUUGCUUUGAUUACAUCUAUAAUUGCUUUUGGACUGAGCUCUGUAUUUUUAUAUGCCAACUGUGAAAAUGAGCCGUUUGCUGGUGUUACUGAAUCAUAUAACGGGACCGGAGAGCUGGGAACCUUGACCGCCCCUUGUAACACUGACUGCCACUGCUUGAGAUCAUAUUAUUAUCCCGUCUGCGGAGGAAACAGAGUCCAGUACUUUUCUCCGUGCUUUGCAGGUUGCAAAUACUCUUCUACCCAAGGACAGUCAAAGGUAUAUAACAACUGUUCCUGUAUUGAAAAGAGGAUAGAAGUAUCUCCUACUGCAGAAAACUCAGAGUUUGAAGCUAAAGCUGGAAAAUGUGAAACUCAGUGUACAUACUUGCCCAUAUUCCUUGGAGUUUUCUUUGUUACAGUUAUUUUUACCUUUAUGGCUGGUACUCCCGUAACUGUUUCCAUACUAAGGUGUGUUAAUCAUAGACAACGCUCGUUUGCAUUGGGGAUACAGUUUAUGCUGCUUCGAUUAUUAGGCACAAUACCUGGACCAAUUAUAUUUGGCUUCACAAUAGACAGCACCUGCAUUCUCUGGGAUAUUAAUGAAUGUGGAGUUAAAGGAGCUUGCUGGAUUUAUAACAACAUCAAAAUGGCUCACAUGCUAGUAUCCAUAAGUGUUGUUUGUAAAAUUAUCACCAUUUUCUUCAUUGGGCUUGCAAUUUUUUUGUACAAACCACCACCAUCGCCCUGCGUAGACGUGUCAUUUCAAAAUCAAGACACAGUUGUGAGUACUGUUUCUGUCCACUGUGAUCUCAACAAAGCAGGAAAUUAAGGGUGAACUAGAAAUGGAGGAAACUUAUGCAGCAGGAAGAUUAACCUCAGUUGUAAGAAUGCUCACUGCCAUUACAGCAUUACUCAAUAGAGACAGUUAUUUUUAAAAUUGCUAUUUUACAAUUAAAUAUAUUUUUGUGUGUAUGUAUAGACUUAUGCUUUUGUUUUAAUCUAAGUAACAAACUUGUGCCUUUAAAUCCCACCUAAGGACUAAAAAGCAUGUGAUUACACGUACAAGCGCGCACACACUGUCACACACAGAAACACACACACUCACAUAUUCACAUUCACACACGCUUAAAUUUCCUGUAGUUUAGAUAUGGAAACCUAAUUUUCUAAUAAACUAGAAUAAGAGCUGAUUAAUUUCAAAUUUUACAUAAAAAUGGAGAUUUUUUUGUUGCAGAUUUUAAUACUUUUUUAUGAUUCUGUGAUAGUAUUAUUAAAUUGACAUUCAUUCCAGAGGAAAUUACCAGCUCCAGGAAAGAAAAGUGCCAAUUACACUUGAAGAGAUAUCUUAAUGAACCAUUGAUCAAUGUUUAUGUACUUGGAACUUUAUUUUUUCUUAUUAAAAACAAAAAACCUGAUCACCCACUACAUUUCCUUUAGCACCUAAAUAUUGGUUUUCUUAUUAAUAGGUAUGCGUUAUUAUUGUAUGAUUAAAACAUUAAAUUCUGCUCUUUAGCUGAUCUGUUUAUUUCAAAGAAAUUAUUUCACAUGUUGGUAAUACUGUAACACUGUUUUUAUUUGGUUAAACAUAGGCCAAAUUUGUCUACUCAAGAUAUGGAGGAAAUAGCUCAGUUAAUAGCAAGCAAAAUAACUUCUGGUCAAAAGUUAUACUGAGUAAAAGAAAUCUUGGUGUACAUCCUAUUUGAAAUUUCUGAGAUUGCUAUUUAAUAAGGUCCAGUAUCAGUUUUCCUUAAGUUUGCUUUUCAUAAGCAGGUGUUAAGAUACACUGUGAAGUCGGUUACCAGGAUCAGAGUAAUUUAGACUUUAGAGAUAUGUUCAGUGAAAAGUUGUGAUAAUGAUUUCUGAAAGUAGAAACACAAAUUAAAAUGCAAGAGAGAAUGAGUUAGGAGCUAGGGAAGUAAGUCCCUUAGGGAAUUAGAAGGGCAGCAACCAGGAGUUAGAGACACAGACAGACUUAAACCAGAAACCAUGUGAACACUUGAGGUUGAAGUCAGAUGACUAUGAAAAACUUCGGUAUUUAGGAUGCAGGAAAUUCAGAGCAACAUACAAGAUAGUGGGGGGAAGGCAUGAUAACUCUAUUCAGCAGCAGUUCCCUUCUGUCCACUCACAAUUUAUUUUUUUUUUAAUUUUAAGAGAAUUUUCUUUGAGCCACAUCUGGCUGUCCUCAGGGCUUACUUGGGGCUCUUUGCUCAGGGAUCACACCUGGCUGUGCUCAAGGACCCCGCAGGGCCCAGGGUUGAACAGGGCAUGGACGCAGCCAAGAAAAUGCCAUAACCUCUCUAUUAUCUCUCUUGCCCCAGUAGCACUCACUGUGUAAGUACCGCUUCCUGUUGUAGCCAAGGCUAAUGGUGUUUAGGUUUUGUCUGUCAUAUACAUGGAAGCUCAGAAUAAAAACCGAACAUUUUCUAGUUGUAAGAUAGUGACAGAUACUGAAAAUCUCACUGAUGGAGUGGUGGAACAACUGCCAAGAAGAAACAAAACAACUGCAAAUGAUACCAGUAUUCAGCCACUAAUUUAGAAGAAAAUAAACUACUUCAUGUAUAGUUUCAAUCAUCAAGUCACUAAAUAGUUGACGUUCAAAAUGAUUUUUUAGUUAUAAAGGAUUUUGUUAAAUUCAGUUAUAAAGGAUUUAGUUAUAAAGGAUUUUGUUAAUAUUCAGGAUGUUACAUUUUGUGAACUUUUCAUGAAAAAUGAUGAAGUGGAAAUUUUGGUACUUGAAGAAAUCAGGCUCUGAUUUACAAAAAUAACUCUUUCAUGAUGAGACAGUGUUGACACUACAGUAAUUUAUAAAUGUUUAUAUUUUUUAAAUCAUCUAAGAUUAUAUGGGUUUUAUGUUACUGUAGAACAGAGUAUUUCAUAAUAUAUUACUUUUCAGAAUUUAUAAUUAUUUUUAAGUAAGCUUCAAGAAGUUGACCAAUGGUGAUAUGUGUACAUAAUUGGAUAUAUGUAUUUAAGAGAUGUAACAUUUAGAUUUUAUUAAUGUAAGGUAAAUACUUAUAUUCUGGAUAU